AAUCAUUGUGACAUCCAGAAAGAAGUUGCAGGUAAUGGAAAAUUGAAUGUGUGAGGCAGUUCAUGGUACAUGCUUGGAUAGUUGUCAGUAACAACACUGCUUGUGAAAAAAUACUCAUUCUGAGCAUCCAAAUUAUUGAAUCAGGAAAACGCACAGAUUUUAUAUGAAUUGCAUUUAAUUCAUAGAUGCAGCAACGCUACUUAUUAGGUGAAAGUGAUGUUGUUACAUCAGCUAGAGGAGCCAGUCAAGCAAUGGAGUGCUUAAAAAGUAUGUGUGCCUAGUGAAUUUGGCAAUAGUCCUAAACACACUCUUCUACCAAAACCAUGUCAAAGCGUAAAGGAGUAAGUGCUGAGGAGAAGCGAGUGCGGGUACUGCAGAUAUUUUAUGAGAAGAAAGAAUUUUUUCAGUUAAAGGAAUUGGAAAAAAUUGCACCCAGAGAGAAAGGUGUCAUUGCCCAAUCAGUCAAGGAUGUUGUUCAGAGUUUAGUAGAUGAUGGUUUAGUUGACACAGAUAAAAUUGGCACAUCAAUCUAUUUUUGGGCAUAUCCCAGUAAAGCAAAACAUUCAAGGAAACGGAAAUUGACAGACCUGAGCAAUAAGCUUGAGGAAACAAACAAGAAACUUAAGAAGGUGAAAGAAAAUGUUGAAACUGCAAACCUUGGUAGAGAAGAAUCAGAUGAAAGAACCACAAUUCUGGAAAAUAUAGCCUCUCUUAAAACAGAAGAGGCUCGACUUAAAGAUGAAAUACAGAAGUAUAAGGAUUCUGAUCCAGAGGUUUUAGAACAAAUGAAACAACAAAUACAGGUAGCAAAGGAAGCAGCUAACAGGUGGACGGACAAUUUGUUUGCAAUUAAAUCGUGGUGUAAAAAUAAAUUUUUUAUUGAAGGAAGUGUGCUGGACAAGCAGUUUGGUAUUGAUCCAGAGAUGGACUACCUAAAUUAAUUCACCCGGCUGAAUUCAGUGUAAAUAAUAUCUGUGGUGUACUGUAACUCCCUACUUCAGAGUAAAGGGUUACAUAUUUGUGCCACAGAGUGAGGAAUAUAAAGUAAUAUUGUUGUACAAGCCAACACAAUAUCUCAGAGACAAUGUCCAGAUUUUUUUUUUUGUG